AUGGACGUAAAUUUCGUGAUCGAGAGUGGAGAAUCUUUCACACUGGAGUUAAAUCCCUUCAACACUAUCCUAGAAGUAAAAGAGAUAAUACAAAAGUAUCUCAACAUUUCCAUUUUCAACCAAAUUCUAAUCUUCAACAACGAAUUUCUCAACGACGCCGACAUCAUCUUAGCGACCGACAUCACUCACUUUUCAAUCAUUCAUCUCCGAACCAUUCCUGACACACGAACCAAGAAUCCAGAACCGCAAGAAUCAUCGGUAGAGGCACCAGCAACACAACCGCGAGAACCGCAAGAAUCAUCGGUAGAGGCACCGGCAACACAACCGCGAGAACCGCAAGAAUCACCGGUAGAGGCACCGGCAACACAACCGCGAGAAGCACCGGCAACACCGUUGUUAAAUUCAGAAUCACGAACAUUGAGUGUGACGAUGGUUCCUAGGACUAAUAGAGGGGAAGGUGAUUUUAUGGUUAGCGAAAUAGAACCAUUUACGAAAGUAAGUGAUUUAAAGAUGUUUCUGGAAAGUUACAAGAAGAAUGUUGUUCGGCAAGACGGUAAUUACUUUUUCGUUCAUAACCGUGAAGUUAUGUAUGAAGAUAGGUCGUUUCAGUGGCACGGGGUGAAAGAAGGAGACAAGAUUGAAAUCUAUGAUGGAGUUGUUGAUAACAAUUACUUAGGUGAUAUACCCAUUUAUUUUUAG